ACUAUUUUACAGUUACACUUUCGCCCGCUGCUGAAAUGUGUCCUCCGAGAAACACUUGCAGCGGUUGGUUUGUUGUUAUGAAAAGUCUAGAGUAAAAGUUUUCGCAGGCUAUGGAAAAAUAAUUCAAGUGUCUCAACGAAAAGAUCGCUCAAAUAGAAUAAACAGAGCCACUGAGUCAGCACAGGAUGGCGUCCCCCUCCCCCCAUGACCGCAGCCGUAAAGACGAUGAUGAGGAUGACCCCGUUGAUCGGAUGAUAUCCCGCACUGGCUGUGCGGAGCUACAUUACGCUGUGCAGGAGUGCAUGGCUGAACACCAGGACUGGCGCAUGUGCAAAAGUCAGGUCCAGAUUUUCAAAGACUGCAUGAUGAAUUUCCAAAUCGCCCGGAAAGAGCAGCUGAUGAAGCAGCGGCAGCAAACACCCCCUGCUCCAAGCUGAACUCACAA